UUAGAUCCAAUACCGGAGAAAAUGAUGAUCCUAUUUCAACCGACGUGGAUAUUGCCGAUAAUAUUGGCUUGCACUGGUUGCUGUUUGGCGGAUCUGGACGUAUUGUAUACGUGGAAGUACGUAGAUUACGUCUGGGAGAACGACACUCAGAAAGAAGCUGCGAUCGCUUCUGGUCAAUGCGAUGCUACAAAAAUCGCUAUUAACGAUGUUCAACAACUUCCAGACGGUCGGGUGCUGGUAACCACUCCGAAGUAUUUCGACAUCCCCGCGAGUUUGUCCGUGAUUUCGAAUACGUCAGGUGAUGGCGGUCCGCUACUGGAGCCCUAUCCCGACUGGAGUUGGCAUACGACAGAACGAGGUAGCUCCGCCAUUAUCAGCGUCAACAGAGUGAAGGUAGAUAAGUGCGACAGACUUUGGGUCGUUGACUCCGGGAAAAUAGGAAACGAGCAAGUAUCGCCAGCUCGUAUUCUGAGAUUCAACCCCGCUACGGACGAGUUAGUCGAAAGCAUUGAGAUUCCAGACGAAUUGUCCCACAAUCCCAAUGACGCGAGCAAAGGAAAACUCGAACUACAAGCGGUCGAAACGGAGGGGGAUUGUUGUGAAAAGACUUGGGUAUACAUUGCAGAUCUGGAGGGAUGGGGUCUCCUCAUCUACAACGGAUCUGACAUAUGGCGCAUUAACAACGAUAAACUCUUUGCCCCACAAGAGCCGUACACCACCUUCUCUCUCAAUAAUGAGAAUGUAACGUUAACUACUGGACUAUCCAGUAUGCUGAUCCUGCCCGAUGGAUUCUUAAGAGAAAAAUCGACAAUCUUCAAGCCCAUGGCUUCGGAAGUCGGGUACGGUGGCUCCGUUGACGAUCUACACAACUCUUUCACGGGGAACGACGUCAGGUACUACAAGACCAACUUCACCGCCCCUAGCCAAGAACUUGCGAGAGAUAUAUCCUCGGAUGGUAUUCUGAUAGCCGGUUUUCCCACCGUCUCGAUCCUUGCCUGCUGGAAUAUACAGUGGCCCUUGUACGAUGCCAACGUGGUAACCCUACAAACGAGUGACGAGUAUUUACAAUUCGUCAGUGGUGUAAAAAUUACCGAAGGAAUUCAAAACGGGGUCGAAGGUGAGAAUGUGUGGGUUGCGUCGAUCCAUUUACAGCAGUUCAUCUCGGGCACCCUGGACAUCACUGAAGAUAAUUAUUUCAUCCUCGGCGGAAAUGUGAAAACCCUUGUGAACGGCACCAAUUGUCAAACUCGGCCACACCCGUUGGUCGACGAUCUCAACGACAAGUUCUUUUUCUCUUACAAUCCAUAAUUCUUUCCGUCCAAGCUCCAUUUUCUCUGUCAUAUAAGUACUUUC